AUGAGGCGGUUACCUUUGGCGGCCCAGAGAUGGGGCGGCAAGUCGUUUUUUUGCCAGACAAGUCGAUGGCGGCCAGCCUUUACUGCUGCGUCGCCGGUUCAUAGCAGAUUCUGUUCAUGCUCAGCACAGCAGGAAACGAAGACACCCGAUAUUAAACCGGCCGCGACAGCUUCGGCAGACCACAGAGCUCUCGGUACAGCUCAAGACCUCUUUACGAAUUCCAUUUACAGCCCUGGGUCCCCUCUCUUCCGUCCCAAUGGCACUCAUAUCCUCAACAAGCUUAUCUCCUUUCUUCGCGCCCAAUACAGGCAGUACGGAUUCCGUGAAGUCCUCACCCCAAAUAUCUAUAAACAGUCGCUAUGGGAAGUGUCCGGACACUGGCAGAAUUAUAAGGAUGAUAUGUACGAGGUGGGAGGCCGAGGGGAUACCGGCGACUCUACUGAGAAUGAGACAUAUGGCUUAAAACCUAUGAACUGUCCUGGACAUUGCCUUUUGUUCAAAUCUCAGAAGCACUCGUAUCGAGAACUCCCUGUCCGUUAUGCCGAUUUCAGCCCUCUUCAUCGCAAUGAGGUUUCCGGCUCACUUUCAGGUCUGACGCGGGUAAGGAGAUUCCACCAGGAUGACGGACACAUUUUUUGUCGUCCGGGUCAGAUUGGCAGCGAGAUACAGUUGGCGUUGAAGUUCGCGGAUACCGUCCUCCAGACGUUUGGACUUGCUGAUGGAUACAGACUUGUCCUGUCCACGCGGCCGGAGAAGGACUUUAUCGGCAGUUUGGAGCAAUGGGAAAAUGCCGAGCAGCAGCUUCGACAGGCACUGGAUAACAGCGGCCUCAGCUGGGAGCUUAACGAAGGGGACGGCGCAUUCUACGGCCCAAAGAUUGAUUUGCAGAUUCAGGAUUCCCAGGGGAAAUACCACCAGCUAUCUACCAUACAAUUGGAUAUGAACCUACCACAAAGGUUUGGCUUAGAGUAUCUGGUUCCCGAAGGCUCCGAGGAGUACGAUCCAGCUACGGGCGGGAGGGCAACCCCUGUACUGAUCCAUCGAGCAAUUUUCGGCUCCCUUGAGCGGUUCUUUGCGCUUUUGAUUGAGCGAUAUAACGGUCAAUGGCCUUUCUGGCUCUCACCCCAUCAAGCCAUCCUUCUUACCGUCGGGAAGGGACUAGAGCAAGCCGCAGAGGACGUGGUUGCUAAGGUAUCAGGGUUUGAGCCCAUCACUUCCACUCACCCUUCGAGUACUGGUUUACCUCUAUCACCGCUACAGCCGACGUUCAACGUCGAUCUCGAUCUUGCUAGCAGAUCACUUCCCAAGAAGAUCCACGACGCCCAUGCUGCGAGGUACAACCUCGUCUUCAUCAUGGGACCCAAGAAUCUUGCCGAAGGUUCGGUAGAUAUCGACUUGUCCGGCCAGAUUGGCGGCAAGACUGAAGAUGAAAUCAAGGCGCUGCUGGACGGCAUUCCCUGCUGGGACAUCUCCCUCUCCGCGAAACCCGGCGAAAGGACGACGGCAAAGAUGAAGAUGAAGGUUGACGACGUACACGCCUGGCUUGUCGAUCUCGAAAGAAGGUUCCUAUAA